AUGCAAGCUCCCCCAAGCUCUCAGGGAACUCUCCCUCACCAAGAAUCUAGGCGCAUUGUUCAAGAUCUCUUUCCCGAGCGAGCCAGCAUCGAUGACUUUCGAGAUGCUGACGAGGCUAUACCAGGAGCGGGAGCGAACAACGGGAUACAUCCAGUCAUCGACGGCGGCUAUCACACUGUUACAGAUGGCAUUCAGGGAAGGCAGUCAGCUGAGCGAGGGAGCAGUGAUACCUUGCGAGACGAGCAGAGAGGAAUCACAAUACCUGGGGAGACAAACGCCGGAUACCAUGGCAGCAGUGACACGAUCAAAGACGAAGACAAGCACGACUUGAGAGCCCACAAGGACACGCCACUGGCGCAGAACAGCAGCUCCACCAUUGGAGACGGCGAGAACCAGUAUCGACGCACCACAAUGACCCACCAGGCCGACCGAGCCAGCAAUGACUCAUCUCGUGAUUUGGAAAAGGGAGCAACCGGUGCGAAAGAAGAGCAGGACCAAAUCAACCAAGACGGCGAGGAUACAAGACAAGCACAAUGGGAGAACAAUGUCGUGGGCUGGGACGGGCCAAACGACCCGGAGAACCCGCACAACUGGAAGAAAUCGAAGAAAUACACCGUCACCGUCUUCUAUGCCUCAAUGACCUUCUGCAUCACAUUCGCUAGCAGCGUCUUCAGCACCGCCACCGCGGUUACAGCCGAGAAGUACGGCGUGUCCACCGAAGUCAUGACGCUGGGCACCAGCCUGUUCGUCUUUGGUUUCGCCGUCGGCCCAAUAGUAUGGGGACCCUUCUCCGAACUCUAUGGUCGAAAAAUUCCUCUCUUUUUCGGAUUCUUCGUCUUCGCCAUCUUUCAAAUCCCUGUCGCGGUAGCCCAAAACGUCGAAACAAUUAUGCUAUCCCGAUUUCUGGGUGGGUUUUUCGGGUCCUCGCCAUUGGCGAUAAUAGGAGGAACACUGGCGGACUUCUGGGGCCCUGUUGAGAGAGGUUUCGCUCUUGGUCUCUUCGCAGGCGCUACGUUCAUUGGACCAGUGGCAGGACCUAUUGUUGGCGGCUUCAUCACGCAGAGCUACCUUGGAUGGAGAUGGACGGCCUGGAUUACCUUGAUCAUGUCGUCCUUUUUUGGGACAAUAGCCUAUUUCAUCUGCGCAGAGUCGUAUACACCGGUACUGCUACAGCGCAAGGCCGCAAAGAUACGCUUUGAGUCGAAGAACUGGGCAAUACAUGCACCGGCAGACGAAAACCAAAUCAACACGAAGGAGAUCGUCAACAAAUACCUCUUGCGUCCUUUUAUCAUGCUGGCGCUCGAGCCCAUUCUCGUUCUGAUCACAUUCUACAUGGCCUUCAUCUACGGAAUGAUAUACCUUUUCUUUGAAGCGUACCCGAUCGCAUUCCAGGAGAUCCGAGGAUGGAACGGGGGUGUCGGCGCACUCCCUUUCCUCGGCAUCACCAUCGGGGUCAUCAUCGGUGUCGCCAUCAUUGUGUACACAUCCAACACCCGUUUCAAGCAGAAGAUGGAAGCCAACGGAGGCAAGCCGAUACCCGAAGAGAGACUGGUCCCCAUGAUAGUAGGAGCCUUUUUGCUACCCAUCGGCCUCUUCUGGUUCGCCUGGACCUCAAACCCGCAUGUCUCCUGGGUGCCGCAGGCCAUCGCCGGUAUACCCAUCGGAGCAGGGGUACUCCUGAUCUUUUUGCAAGGGUUGAGCUACAUCAUCGACGUCUACCUGAUGCACGCGAACAGCGCCCUCGCCGCCAACACCCUUGUGCGAUCUGUGGCCGGCGGAGGAUUCCCCCUAUUCGCUGUCGCCAUGUACCAUAAACUGGGCGUAGACUGGGCGACCAGUCUCCUUGGCUUCUUGACCGUGGCCUUCCUGCCCAUGCCCAUCCUGUUCUUCAUCUAUGGGAAGAAACUACGGGAGUUCAGUAGAUACAGUCCCACCAUGUGA